UGUUUUGUAUCUCACACCAAGGAACACCGAAAUUGACGGAAAUGGCCACGCAAAAGCCCGUUGAGUGGGUUUCGUCGCUGAUUAUUCGUUUUGAAGAACAGCUACCAUAUCGAACUGGACCCCAAACAUCACAUGCCCGUCAGAUGGUGGAACAAAAUAAGGAGUGUCUCAUCCAAAUCAGCAAAUAUAAAUUUUCCCUUGUGAUAUCAGGACUUACAAAGAUUUUACAGAGGGUUAAUGAAUCAAGAACACAUGGACCUGACUAUGAGAAAAAUUAUUAUGAAUCAUUGCUAAUUGUUUUAGACACUUUAGAAAAAUGCUUAAGUGGACAGCCAAAAGAUACAACAAGGUUUGAUGAAGCCAUGAACGUCAAACUGUUGCUGCGAGAAAUCUGCCAAUUUAUUGAUCUGCCAAAUGAAAACCCAAUGGUUAAUCAGCUUAAAGCUUUAGCUUCCAAAGUUUUGUUUGCCCUCAGUCUUAACAAUUUUAAUGCUGUCUUCAGCCGGAUAUCAUCAAGACUGCAAGAACUAAGCUCAUCCAACGAAGAGAACCCUGACUUAAGCGACAUCGAACUUAUCCAACACAUUAAUGUAGAUACGAUACGACUUAUCAAACUGUUGAAUGAGACAAUAUCAAAAAGUAAGCUAUUAAGAAAAUCGGUGCACCUAGUUUUGAUCGCCUCCCUAGAGAAAGCUAUUUGGAAUUGGAUGGACACCUAUCCGCAUGAGUUCACCGAAAUUCAAAAAUGUCCUAAUGCUGACUUGUCCAAGUGUUGUGAGCAGCUUUUUGACAUACUGGAUUUAUUCGCAGAAAAUAAUAAGCGACGAGCUGCUGUGUGGCCACUUCAGAUUAUGUUGUUGGUCAUAUCGCCUAAAGUGUUAGAAGAGAUUGUAAAUGCGGAUUCCGGAGCACCCUGCUCUCCCCGCCAUUCGAAAAAAAAAACAUUUCUGGAUUCCCUCAAAAAAGCCCUGGCUCCCCACAGUUCUAGUCGACAACUGACAGAAGCGGCUGCCGUCACUGCCGUCAAGCUCUGUAAGGUCUCCACUUACAUUCACUUCCUGGAUUCCGGAAAUGUUGUUUUUGCGCUUGUUCAAUCUGUACUCAACGACUUAAAGGUGUUGCUAUUUAACCCGGGCAAGCCAUUUUCCCGCGGCCAGGCCUACAUGAAUCAGGACAUCGAUUUGAUGAUUGACUGUUUCGUCUCUUGUUUCCGCAUAAAUCCACACAACAACGAAGCUCUUAAAGUCUGCCUCAACCCCCAUUCACCUCCUACAUUUCAUUAUGUCCUCGUCGCUUCCUUAUACAGGAUUAUAACGCAACAACUAUUGUCAUGGUGGCCACACAUUGAUCUAAUGUAUAACAAAUCAGCCGAAUUGCGGGCAAUGUUUAUCGACACAUUGACGAAAGUCACGCAAGGUUGCAUCUCUCACACUCCACUUCGAAUGAUACAAAGUCUUACGUUAAAAGAAAAAGUCAACCCACUUAAGAACUUCAAGGAAAAGGCGUCGGAAGAAGGUCCUUCAUACAAAAACCUGUUGUUAUCCAUGGUUCGGCUGAUUCAUGCUAAUCCACUACUCAUGUUGAACAACCAAGGAAAAGCUGGGCAUGAGAUUCAGAGUUCUACCCUAGAAUUAAUCAAUGGAUUAGUUUCUCUGGUUCAUCAACCUAAUAUGGCCGACAUGGCACAAGAGGCUAUGGACGCUCUGCUUGUUCUUCACCAACCAGAGAAGAUCGAGAUGUGGAACCCUGAAGCUCCGAUUAACACCUUUUGGGAUGUCAGUUCACAGGUUUUGUUCAGCAUAUCACAAAAACUCAUCCAACAUCAGAUUGUCAAUUAUACCGACAUAUUGCGCUGGCUGCGCGAGGUGCUUACGUGCCGGAAUUCCUUUCUUCUUCGUCAUCGCGACUACGCUAACGUAGGUAGUCAGGUCAGCGUAGCCAAACAGGCACAUAUCAAGCUUGAGGUGGUGUUUUUCCUCUAUCUUUGGAGCAUUGAUAUGGAUGCUGUUCUGGUUUCGAUGAGCUGUUUUAACCUACUAUGUGAAGAAGCUGACAUUCGGUGCGGAAGUGACGACGUGACUGUCACGUAUUUGCUGCCCAAUUAUCACGUCUACCAGGAACUCGCCGCCGCCUCAACUGUCCUCACAAAUGGUCGUGCUGCCUUACAGAAACGGAUCAUGACGCUCCUGCGAAAAAUUGAACAUUGUACGCCUGGAUGUCUGCAGGCUUGGGAAGAUACAUUUAAAAACUGGGAUAUCGCCACGAAACAGUUACAAUCUUAUCCGAAGGCCCGCGUCGAAGAAGGGCAGACAAACGAAUCUUUUCAUCGAUCAGCUGGAAAGAGAAGAGCAUCUCAUCAGAGCACGGAACACGAACUUGAAGACCAAGUCAAUGAAUGGGCCAACAUGACAGGCUUUCUUUGUGCGCUUGGAGGAGUGUGUUUGCAAAGGCGCUCACCGCGACCAAUUUUAUCAUCAACAUCUACUUCUUCGGGUGGAGUAAUUGAUAGGAAAUCUAACCUUGCUGUGAAUGCCUUGAGCCAGUUACAAGAUAACAAUCAGUACUGUCCGGUGACAUCGUUUGUUGGCCAUCUCCUACGGCUUUUGCUGUGCGCAAACGAGAAAUUUGGUGCCCAAAUACAAAAACACGUCAAAGAGCUAGUUGGCCACGAAAUGGCUCCAGCUCUUUACCCAAUCCUCUUUGAUCAAAUCAAGGCACUCGUAGAAAAGUUUUUCGAUCCAACGGGCCAGGUGGUGGUCAACGAAUCGCACACGCAGUUUAUUGAGCACGUCAUUUUUAUCAUGAAAAACGUGCUUGAGAACAGCAAUAACAAGAAUGACACUCCUGCCGAGCAUUUGGGAGUCACCAGCAUAGAAGGAAUGAUGCUGGCGAUUGUUCGUUAUGUUCGCCAUUUGGAUACUACUGUUCACGCCAUUCACAUCAAAACAAAAUUGUGCCAAUUGGUAGAGACGAUGAUGGCCCGUCGCGAUGAUUUGGCCUUCCGUCAGGAGAUGAAGUUCCGCAAUAAAUUAGUCGAAUACCUCACGGAUUGGGUCAUGGGUAACUCUCAUCAAAUUGCUCCACCCAGCUCUGGUGACGUUAGCUCUAUCACGAGGGAUUUGGAUCAAGCAUGCAUGGAUGCGGUUGCGGCUUUAUUGCGGGGCUUGCCUCUUCAGCCGGAAGAAUCAGACCGCGGUGACCUGAUGGAAGCCAAGUCACAAUUGUUUCUGAAAUACUUCACCCUGUUUAUGAACCUCUUGAAUGAUUGCACCGACGUUUCCGAAAUUGAAAAAGAAGUUGGUGCGCGCUCUCGAGUCGGGGUUGCUGUUGGAGUUGGUGUUGGUGCCGUGGCUGUAGCAGCAUCUCGGCUAGCAAAUCUGCGCAACUCAACUAUUCAGGCCAUGUCCAAUCUGCUUAGUGCCAAUAUUGAUUCUGGCCUCAUGCAUUCAAUUGGCCUUGGUUACCAUAAAGAUCUUCAGACGCGCGCAGCUUUUAUCGAAGUGCUGACAAAAAUUUUACAACAAGGCACUGAAUUCGAUACUUUGGCAGAGACGGUACUUGCUGACCGAUUCGAGCAGCUAGUUCAACUCGUUACAAUGAUCGGAGACAAAGGGGAAUUACCAAUCGCUAUGGCUUUGGCCUCAGUCGUUGUCACUCCGCAGAUGGAUGAGUUAGCCAGAGUGUUUGUGACACUUUUUGAUGCAAAGCAUUUGUUAGCCCCGCUGCUAUGGAAUAUGUUUUAUAAAGAAGUUGAAGUGUCCGAUUGUAUGCAAACACUUUUUCGAGGCAACAGUUUAGCUUCCAAGAUCAUGGCAUUCUGCUUCAAAAUCUAUGGUGCAUCAUAUCUGCACAAUUUACUACAACCCCUUUUGAAACCGCUACUUGAAAAUCCAUCCAUGAGUUUCGAAGUUGAUCCAGCGCGAUUGGACGCAAAAGACGAUAUUAACGAAAACCGCAGUAAUCUAGUGACAUUAACAGAACGCGUCUUCUGUGCGAUCGUCUCAUCUGCGGAUAAGUUUCCGACACAGCUUCGUAGCAUGUGUCAUUGUCUUUAUCAAGUUUUAAGCAAGCGAUAUCCGCAAUUCCCUCAAAAUAAUAUCGGUGCUGUGGGCACGGUGAUAUUUUUGCGGUUCAUCAAUCCAGCUAUCGUGUCUCCCUACGAAAUGGGCAUCCUUGAUCGACAGCCCCCACUUACAAUUAAGAGAGGUUUGAUGCUGAUGUCCAAGACCUUACAAAAUAUUGCCAAUCACGUUGAAUUCUCGAAAGAGCAGCAUAUGCUUUAUUUCAACGAUCUGUUGAGAUCUCAUUUUGAUGCUGGACGACGAUUUUUCAUUCAAAUCGCCUCCGAUUUUGAAACAGCUGAACAAGGCAGCAGCCACUCGAUGGCUUUCAUCAGUGAUGCCAACGUGCUAGCGCUUCAUCGUUUGUUAUGGAACCACCAAGAAAAAAUCGGUGACUAUUUGUCAUCAAGCCGAGACCACAAAGCCGUUGGAAGAAGACCAUUCGACAAAAUGGCUACGCUUUUGGCUUAUUUAGGACCACCAGAACAUAAACCUGUCGAUUCUCAGUGGAGUAGUAUGGAUAUGACAAGCACAAAGUUUGAGGAAAUCAUGUCUAAGCAUAAUAUGCAUGAGAAAGACGAAUUCAAAUCUAUCAAAUCGCUCAACAUCUUCUACCAGGCGGGUACUUCGAAGGCUGGCAACCCCGUUUUCUACUAUAUUGCUCGACGCUACAAGAUUGGAGAGACAAAUGGGGAUCUUCUUAUUUAUCAUGUCAUCUUAACUUUGAAGCCCUUCUGCAGCAAACCAUUUGAGUUGGUGGUCGACUUUACUCACACUUGCUCCGACAACCGGUUUCGUACUGAGUUUCUCCAAAAAUGGUUCGUCGUCCUCCCUGAGAUCGCCUAUGAAAACAUACACGCCUGUUACAUAUAUAAUUGCAACUCGUGGGUUCGUGAGUACACAAAAUAUCACGACCGCAUCUUAGCUCCCCUUAAAGGCAAUCGAAAACUUUAUUUUCUUGACGGCCCUCAACGGCUAAGCGAAUUUGUUGACGUGGAACAACAGAAAUUGCCAGGAGCUACGCUCUCACUUGACGAAGACCUUAAAGUCUUUAACAACGCAUUGAAACUGUCGCACAAAGACACCAAGGUGGCAAUCAAAGUAGGCCCGACUGCGAUUCAGGUGACUGCUGCCGAGAAGACCAAGGUCCUAUCGCACUCUGUCCUUCUAAACGACGUCUAUUAUGCAUCCGAGAUCGAAGAGGUGUGUCUAGUCGACGACAAUCAAUUCACAUUGACCAUAGCAAAUGAGUCCGGGCCACUAUCCUUUAUCCACAAUGAUUGCGAUAGCAUCGUUCAAGCCAUCAUUCAUAUAAGAACACGCUGGGAGCUGUCACAACCUGAUUCUGUCACCGUUCAUCAGAAGAUCAGACCCAAGGACGUACCGGGUACUCUGCUUAAUAUGGCGCUACUCAAUCUUGGUUCAUCCGAUCCUAACCUGAGAACAGCCGCUUAUAAUUUGCUAUGCGCCCUGACGGGCACCUUUGAUUUGAAGAUUGAAGGGCAGCUGUUGGAGACAUCUGGAUUGUGCAUUCCCAGCAACAAUACGCUGUUCAUCAAAUCCGUCAGUGAAAAGCUGGGCCACAACGAACCUCAUUUGACACUGGAAUUCUUGGAAGAAUGUAUCCAGGGCUUCCGGGCGUCCACCAUUGAACUGAAACAUCUUUGCCUUGAAUACAUGACACCCUGGCUGCCUAAUCUAGUGCGUUUCUGCAAGCACUCUGAUGAGACCAAACGCCAAAAAGUGGCCAUCAUCCUGGAUAAGCUCAUCACAUUAACAAUUGAAGAAGUCGAGAUGUACCCUUCCAUCCAAGCGAAGAUCUGGGGUAACCUCGGAAUCGUCUCAGAACUGAUUGAUAUGAUUCUUGAUAGUUUUAUCAAGCGGUCAGUGACGGGCGGGCUAGGUUCAGCCCAAGCCGAAAUCAUGGCUGAUACAGCAGUUGCCCUAGCUUCAGCAAACGUUCAACUCGUGGCACGCAAAGUUAUAGGCCGUCUUUGUCGUGUCCUAGAAAAGACUUGCACCAGCCCUACUGCGAACCUUGAGCAGCAUUUGAUGUGGGAUGAUAUCGCCAUCUUGGCACGUUAUUUGCUCAUGUUAUCGUUCAAUAACUGCCUAGACGUGGCUCGUCAUCUACCCUAUCUCUUCCACUCGAUCACUUUGUUGGUAUGUACGGGCCCUCUAAGCCUUCGAGCUUCGCUUCAUGGAUUAGUGAUCAACAUCAUUCAUUCACUCUGCACUUGUACGAAACCUUCGUUUUCGGAAGAGACACGGCGCGUCUUGAACCUUUCGCUGGAUGAGUUCUCGUUGCCCAAAUUCUAUCUGCUCUUUGGUAUCAGCAAAGUGAAAUCUGCGGCGGUAACUGCAUUCCGUUCCAGCUAUAGGCACGGACCUGGAGAGCGAUCGUGGCAUAACGUAGAACGCAGUUUCUCAGGCUCAGCUGCUUCAGAUCGUGAACGCCUCUCUCUUACUUCCCUUGAAAUUAUCACGGACGCUUUACUGGAAAUGCUUGAGGCAUGCGCCCGUGAUAUUCCCGAAUGCGAUUGGGUCCAGGUGUGGACUACGCUAGCCAAAAGCUUCGCCUUCCGCUACAACCCAGCACUGCAGCCGAGGGCGUUGAUCGUGUACGGUUGCAUCAGCAAAGUGAUUACGGAUCGCGAUGUUGAACAACUUCUUCGAAAUUUGGUGAAGGCUCUGGAGAGCUUCGCCUACUCGACAUUUAUUGAUGCUAUCGUCAUGUGUCUGACACGAGUGUUGCCUCGCGUUCGACUGGAAUCUCUUUAUCCUGCAGUCUUGUGGGUGGCCAUCUCUGUUCUGCAACUCGACGAAGUAUCUCUUUACGCUUCCGGUCUAGCCCUUUUGGAACAAAACUUGCAUACGCUUGACUCCCAGGGAUUGUUCGAGUCAAGAUCUCUAGAACAGGUUAUCGUGACGGCUAGGGAACCACUCGAGUGACAUUUUAAGCAGCUAGAUCACACCGUCGGUCUUAGCUUCAAGACAAGCUUUCAUUUCGCUUUGGUGGGUCAUCUGCUAAAGGGCUUCCGGCACUUGUCGCCGACGACCGUCUCGCGGACCACUCGCAUUCUCAACAGGCUACUUGCUAUUGUCGCUAAACCAAAUAAGCGCGACAAAUUUGAAGUUACCCCAUAAUCGGUUGCUUACCUCGCAGCGCUAGUCUCCGUUUCGGAGGAGGUACGUGACCAGUGUCACGCUCGGCAGCCUAGAUUACGCAGCGACAAUAGUUCGGGGUCAGGAUCGGAUUCCGGUUCAGGUUCGGUUUCUGGCUCGGCAAUGGGUUCCAACGAUCCAUUCAACGUCAGUGACCUUCGUCUUGAUCUCCAUUCUGCUGGGAUUCGGCAUAAUUCCUCCACCUUGGGUGGUGGGGGAGGCGUAGGUAACCACCAAGCUGGGGGAACUGGAGCGACAACUACUACGGGUACUGGUAGUCUUAGUCCUAUCAGCAAUUACAGCUGUGCCAGCACAGCUUUGUUACAUACAUCGGCCAGCCACAAUGCGCUUUCAAGCAUCCAAGGCUCUACGCUCAACAGUCCCAUUUCAUCUGGUUCCAAUAAUUCAAGUACGACACAUCUUCUCGUUCCGAUCGGUGGCGGAUCCUGCAGCUCUCAGACGGCACUGAUUCCUAGUCUGGUGGAUUCUGAUUCACCUCCUGCUGGACGACGCCAAACGUCGUGGGAUUUGCUAGACCAGAACGCCAUUACUCAGGCUAAACAACAGCAGCAAAAACAACAACACCAAUCGCAGCUUCAAAAUCAAUCGACUCAAGCUCAGCAGCAAGCAGACGGCCCGGGUGCAAAGGCUCUCUUCAAAACCCAACGGUCUUUCUCAGUUCCGACCACACGCGAUCAGCGGUCUUUGGAGCGCAAUGCUAGCAAUUGCCAGAAAGCUGGCGAACGCAGUCAGUCUCCCAAUUCCAACAAUAAUGCCAACUGCGCGACAGUCAACAGCAGUGCCGGCACAACAACACCCACUCCACCGGCCAGUUGUGCCCGGCGACCUGAUCGGGGAUCCGUCUCUGGAGAAUCAAAUUGCCUACUGGAUCCUGAAAUUCUCACCAAUUUCCCAACACAAGCGCUUGUAUUGACAGUGCUGGCCACAUUGGUCAAGUACACGACGGACGAGAAUGAAAUGAGAGUCUUGUACGAGUACCUAGCCGAGGCGUCGGUAGUCUUCCCGCGCGUCUUCCCCAUCAUCCAUUCGCUAUUGAAUGCUAAAAUCACCAAUGUCCUUUCACUGUGCCACGAUCAGGGCAUUCUGGCCGCCGUCCAGAGUAUCAUUCAGAACAUGAUCGCCCUUGAAGGAGCCGCGGACGAGCAACAACAACAAUUACACUAUCUGUAGGGUUGCGGAUUUGGCGGUCUGUGGGGCUUCGUCGAGCCUUUCACCAAGUCCAAUUGCACGGCCGAAAGUGCUGAGCUCUUUGUCAAUUGUCUGGAAGCUCUGGUCAAAACUUGCCUACCGGCUGAAGAAGGUGAAGCCGACUUGGCGCCCUUUCCUUCCAUGCUUAGCGUCUCAUCAAAUAUGAACCUGUCUUCAUCGCUGUCCUCCAUCACGCUCGGCUCCCCCACCGAUAAAGCAAAGUAAAAAAAAAAAAGAAGAGGAAAUAAAAAACAAAUUAAAUAAAAACGAAAAACAGAAAAUUAUAAUUAUCCUUCUAGCUCGUCAAAAAUGCCAACGAAAAAGAAGUAAACCUAACCAAGUUUGCCACUUCGCCAAUUGAUUGUUCUCAGUCUCUCCCUUUCCGCGCUCUCUGAUGGUAACGAUUCCAGCAUUUCACCACGUUCAAGUCAGUGUUAAAAGCAUUGUGCGUCCCCCGAUAUGUGCGUGUUGCCCUUAUUACUGUACAGUCCUUCUUUUGACCGUUCCUUCUUUUCUCCGUGUUUCACGGCUUGGCUGUGUGUAUGUAUCGUUGUCUCCUAUUCUCACCUCUGUCUCUUUCUCGCCAGCUUUGAUGCAUUGUUCGUUUCUCGUUGAUUUAUUUCGUUUACAGCAAAAACAGAAAAAAGCAAACAAAAAACAAAACAAAAAAAAAAGAGAAAAAAUCACCAUCAAGAAACCCACAAAUGAAAUUCCUCACGUUGAUGGCAAAAUUGAAGCAGAACCCAUGACGUGUUUUUUUUUUUUCACGCUUCCUAUACAUAUACAAGAGGUUAUGUAUACAUAUAUGAACAAUUCUGUUGUGUGUGCGUAAUGCGAUUCGUGGCCCCAAGAGGUUGACUGUUUUGACGUAGCUAUUGUUAAAUUUACGAAUCGUGCUGGCAAAUGGCGGAAGUAAACGGAAGAAUCCGAUCCUCACACGCAUUCACACACGUACACACAUGCGCGCACGCUACUGUUGUCCGUUUGAUCUCGCUGUUGGAAGGGAAAAAAUUAUUUAUAAACAACUCCCCCCCUGUACACUCACAAACACGUUCACAGAAACCGUCGAAUGUCUUUUUUUUUUUCCCCAUUUUUGAUGAGAAAUUUCUUCCGUUUCCAAAUGCGCUCUCCUUCGUCCACCUUUUUUUGUUUGUUUUUUAUUCUCCUAUAAUAUCUCGUCUUCGAUAUUUAACUCUCCGUCUUUCGUCAUUGUAAAGUCGUUGGUUUGAAUAUAAUCACAGUGCUACUUAAAA